AUGUCUCACCCACGGGUAGAAGAAGUCUCCGACAGCGACCCGGACGUGGCGUCCGACCCCGAGGAAGGCGACAUUGACGACUUUAUCGACGCGGACAUCAUGCGCCGCAUACCCCAGCAGCAACCGCCGUCCAGAUCCUCUGCACCACCAGCCUCCGCCCCCUCAAACCUGCCCAGCCAAAUGCUGGGCCCCGACGCCGACCGCUCCGCCUACUCCUCCUUCCAGUGCAUCUACCCAGUCUACUUUGACGCCAGCCGCACCCUCUCCCAGGGCCGCCGCGUGCCGGCCUCGCUCGCCGUGCGCAGCCCCCUGGCGCGCGAAAUCGCAAACGCCUGCUCCCGCCUCCGCCUGCCCACGCUGCUCGAGCCGGAAAAGACCCAUCCCAAGGACUGGGCGAACCCGGGCCGCGUAAAAGUCGGCCUGAAGCAGACGCCCCAGAAUCCGUCGGGCAUCAAGAGCAAGCACCACCUGUACAUUUUGAUUGCCAAGCAUUUGCAGCAGAACCCCACCACGGAGAACUCGCCCGGGCUGAGGGUAAGGAUGGGCGGGCAGGUGCAGCCGCCCGAGGGGAAGCCGUACCCCAAGCCCGCGGUGCCGCGGGGCUGGAAGAUGAGCGAGUACUUGCCGUAUUUGAGUCCGGCCAUGACGGGCGGCGGCGUGUCGGAGAAUUUGUUCAAGGACAUGAUGAAGGAGAUGCAGAGCGGGGGGGAUCCCAUGAGUGCCUUGAUGGCGGGUGCUGCUGGGCACGGGGGGGACGAGGGGAGUGCGGGAUCCGGCGGGAAGAAGAAGAAGGACAAGAAAGGGAAGGGGAGGUCAUGA